GGCCGUCACUUCCCCGUCAUCUUCCUUCCGCCUUCCGUCCCCUAUCCGUCAUCUUUUCCUUCUUCUUCGAAGCCACCGAAAAAAAGAAUCCAGAAACGAGGAAAACACUUUAAAAUCGAAAUAUUAAUCGCUAUUUUGUUUUCCAUUCAGAAACUCGGGGAUCUCCGUUGAACUCGCCGAGUCAAUCCGCGUCGAGGGCUCGCCUGUGCUUUCGCCGAGAGAAACCCCUUCUCUCCCCCUUCCUUCCAUGGAGAUCGCCUCCGCGGCGGUGCCGUCGGACGGCCGCGAUGUCAAGAACGAGGCGGGACCGUCCGAUUCGUCUUCUACCACGGCCUCAUCUUCAUCCGGAAAUCCUGAUUUGAUUGAGAAGGACGGUGCGUCCUCGUCGCCGCCAUCUAUGUCGGUGGUGGCGGCGGCUGCCGCGAGGUACGAUGACGACGAGGACGAGGAGGAUGUGUGUAGGAUCUGCCGGAACCCCGGCGACGCGGAGAAUCCGUUGAGGUACCCGUGUGCUUGUAGUGGGAGUAUCAAGUUCGUUCAUCAGGAUUGCCUGCUCCAGUGGCUUAAUCACAGCAACGCUCGUCAAUGCGAGGUCUGUAAACAUCCAUUUUCUUUCUCUCCCGUGUAUGCUGAAAAUGCUCCUGCAAGACUUCCUUUUCGGGAAUUCAUAAUGGGAAUGGCGAUGAAGGCUUGCCACGUGAUGCAAUUCUUUUUGCGCCUUAGUUUUGUCCUCUCUGUCUGGCUUCUGAUCAUACCUUUCAUAACAUUUUGGAUAUGGCGCUUGGCCUUCUUGAGAAGUUUUGGUGAAGCCCAGAGGCUCUUCUUGAGUCAUAUCUCAACUACAGUUAUUCUUACUGAUUGCCUGCAUGGGUUCCUUCUCUCUGCCAGCAUCGUUUUCAUUUUUCUUGGAGCCACCUCUCUAAGAGAUUACUUUCGCCAUUUAAGAGAGAUCGGUGGACAAGAAGUUGACAGAGAAGAAGAGGCAGAUAGAAAUGGCGCCCGUGUACCAAGGAGGCCUCUGGUGCAGGGAAAUAGAAAUUUUGCUGCUGAGCCUAAUGUUGAGGAUGUUGGAGGAGCGCAAGGAAUUGCUGGUGCUGGUCAAAUCAUCAGAAGGAAUGCAGAAAAUGUUGCUGCCCGGUGGGAAAUGCAGGCAGCUCGUCUUGAAGCUCACGUUGAACAAAUGUUUGAUGGUUUAGAAGAUGCUGAUGGUGCUGAGGAUGUGCCUUUUGAUGAACUAGUGGGCAUGCAGGGUCCUGUUUUCCAUUUGGUUGAAAAUGCAUUCACUGUUCUUGCGAGCAACAUGAUAUUCCUUGGAGUUGUAAUCUUUGUGCCUUUUUCAUUAGGACGGGUUAUUCUCCACUACAUAUCUUGGCUAUUCUCUUCUGCAAGUGGUCCUGUUCUGUCAUUCAUUUUGCCGCUAACAGAGUCUGACCUCUCCUUAGCAAAUAUCACUCUGAAAAAUGCAUUGACAGCUGUGACAAAUUUGACAUCUGAGGCCCAAGAUGGUGGCAUUUUGGACCCUGUGGUUCACGCAUUGGAAGUAAAUGCUAGUGCAGCAAAUGAGGCUGCAAGCAACAUUAGUUCUUCAGUCUCUGCUGAUCUAUUGAAAGGGGCCGGUAUCAGCACAUCAAGGCUUUCAGAUGUGACAACUCUUGCAGUUGGCUAUAUGCUAAUUUUCUUCCUAGUUUUUCUUUACCUCGGUGUUGUUGCUUUGAUUCGGUACACUAAGGGUGAGCCCUUGACCUUGGGAAGGUUCUAUGGUAUUGCAUCUAUAGCAGAAACAAUCCCGUCGCUCUUCAGGCAGUUCUUGGCAGCAAUGAAACAUUUGAUGACUAUGAUUAAAGUUGCCUUCCUUCUGGUUUUACGCCAUGGAGUGCUCUAUUUCCUCAGAGAUCCUGCUGAUCCAAACUACAAUCCGUUUCGUGAUUUAAUUGAUGAUCCUGUGCACAAGCAUGGACGCAGGGUACUCUUGUCUGUUGCCGUGGUUUCUGAUCCGUUCACAGAAAUUCCAGCUGACAUGCUUCUAUUCCAAAUCUGCAUUCCUUUUGCCGUUGAGCAUUUCAAGCUGCGGACGACAAUCAAGUCUCUGCUUUGCUAUUGGUUUACAGCAGUUGGUUGGGCGCUUGGCUUAACUGAUUAUUUAUUGCCUAGACCUGAUGAGAAUGGUGGGCAAGGAAAUGCAGAACCUGGAAGGCAGGAUCAAUUACAGGCUGGUGGUCAGGAUCGUGCUCUGGCAGUUCCUGGUGUUGAUGAUCAUCCCAACAGAGGGAUUCCGGGUGCAGGGAAUUUAAAUACUGUUGAUGAAGAUGAUAGUGAAGACCAUUCUGAUUCUGGCCGGUAUGGCUUUGUUGGCUCGAUUGUGCUCUUGUUGGUGGUGGCAUGGAUGACACUUCUGCUCUUCAACUCUGCGGUGAUUGUUGUACCUGUGGCACUGGGUCGAGCCCUUUUCAAUGCCAUUCCUCUUCUCCCGACAACACAUGGUAUCAAGUGCAAUGAUCUAUAUGCUUUCGUAAUUGGAAGCUAUGCCAUCUGGACCGCUCUGGCUGGAGUUAGAUAUUGUUUGGAGCAUGUUAGAACAAAGAGGGCAGCAGUUUUGUUUAACCAAGUUCGGAAGUGGUGCGGCAUUGUCCUCAAGAGCUCCGCGCUACUAUCGAUAUGGAUAUUUAUCAUUCCAGUGAUGAUCGGGCUGCUUUUCGAGCUCCUCGUUAUUGUCCCCAUGCGUGUCCCUGUCGACGAAAGUCCAGUCUUCCUCUUGUAUCAAGACUGGGCAUUAGGACUCAUCUUCCUGAAGAUCUGGACUCGACUGGUCAUGCUGGAUCACAUGAUGCCGCUCGUCGACGAGAGCUGGCGAAUCAAAUUCGAGAGGGUGAGAGAAGACGGCUUUUCGCGCCUGCAAGGCCUGUGGGUCCUCCGCGAGAUCGUCUUCCCAAUAGUGAUGAAGCUGCUCACUGCGCUGUGCGUGCCUUACGUCCUCGCCAGAGGGGUAUUCCCAGUGUUGGGCUACCCUCUGGUCGUGAACUCAGCUGUCUACAGAUUCUCCUGGCUGGGCUGCCUGUGCCUGAGCGUGCUGUGCUUCUGUGCCAAGAGGUUCCAUGUCUGGUUCACCAACCUCCACAACUCGAUUAGGGACGACCGGUAUCUCAUCGGUCGGAGGCUCCACAACUUCGGGGAGGAUGCUGUGGGAGCCUCGGAGGACGAGAACGAAGACGGUGCAGGUUCUUCUAAUCAGGAAGGGCAGCAGAGGCCUGAUGUCUUGUUAGGAGGAGGUGGUAAUGAGAGGGAAGAAGGUGGUGAAGUAGGGUUGAGAUUAAGAAACUCUGAUAUUGUUAUGGACAACAAUCCGUGGCCAAGGAAGAGAAGUUUCCCACAGAGAACAAUCAAUGUCACUGCUAACAACUUUGGCAGCCCUGUGCCCAUAGUUCAUCAUGAAGAGGCAAGAAAUAUCCCAGCCAAGAGUGGAGCAGAACCAUCAAGAAUCGUUAGGAAUUUAAAUGAGAAGCUAGCUUCUGUGCUUCUUGAUGAUCAUCUCACUAAAACUGAACAUGAAGUAUCUUCUGCAGAGCUGGAGAAAGCAGAAGAAGAUGUAUUCAUGCAGAGACAAGUGGCCCAUCAUGAACCUGCAUUGAAGCAGUUCACCAGACCGUUGAGCUCUAUCCCCGAAGAACUAGAGGUGAAGAUUUACAGUGAAUCCAUCAGAGAUAAAUCAUCAACUGGAUUUAAGGAGCUAGAAAAUGAGUUGAAGGAUUUAGCUAUUGACAACACAAAUUUGAGCAGGACCUUAAUGGUGAAGGAAAAACUAAUUGAUGAUCUGUACAAGCAAACAUCUCAGACAUCAGCAGAGUUUCAUGCACUCAUGUCCCGAUUGGAUUCGACCGAGAAAGAGAAUGCAUUCCUCAAAUAUGAAUUCCACAUGCUGGAGAAAGAGAUUGAUGUUCGCAACGAGGAACUCGCGUACAGCCGACAGCAUGCUGAUGCAUCCAGGAGGCAGCAUCUGGAGAGUGUCAAAACAAUUGCCAAGUUGGAAGCAGAAUGCCAGAGGCUUCAGAAAAGGGAUCCAUUUCCUGCUACUGCCACUUUAAAGCCUAGUCAUGAGAUUCCUGAAAAGAAUAUAAAUUUCCUGCUGGAUAGACUAGUUGCUACUGAGGAAGAGAACAGGAGUCUUAAGGACACACUGAUGAGGAAAAAUGCUGAACUUCAAUCUUCGCGCAUCAUGUUUUCUAGAACAGCUUCAAGGUUGUCACAGGUUGAAGCUCAAUUAGCUGCAGAACUUCCUGGCGGUGGUGUGAAGUCGAUGGAGCUUGUUAAGUACAUUUACCCUAUACCUGGUUCUGAAUUUGGGAGUGAUGAUGGAGUUAGCUCGUCUUCUGGUUCAUGGGCCACUGCUCUACUCUCGGAACUCGAAAGCUUCAGAGAUGGAAAGGUGAUCAAGAGUCUUCGAAAUGACCACAAACCGAUUGAGAGCUUGGAGAUGUGUUUGAUGGACGACUUUGUCGAAAUGGAGAAGUUCGCCGUAGUCUCUACAACUGGUGAUGAUGAUGAUCAAGAGUUUGACUGGCUUCAGGUUGUUCUGAAAGCACUGAACAAGCAACAUCGAGUUUCGAAACGUUCUAUGCCUGAGCUUCUCGAGGAUAUCAAUAUUGCAUUGGGCUACAACAAUCAUCUAAGCACUCAUUGUGGUCAACCGAGUCUGAGUAAGUCAAUGUGCAAGAUUGUGGACCUUGUGGAGAGAUUUAAAAUUCCAGUAGCUUUAACAUCCAAACCUGAAGAUCAAGACUCGAAGGAACAAUCGAGUUCCUUAGUGGUGGCAGAACCUUCAGAUGUCAUGCAAAAAUUUCUUCAUGCAUGCAACAGUCUGAUGGAUGGAAAGACUAGUGUUGAGAAGUUUACCGAGGAAUUGUCAUCUGCUUUGGAGUUUAUUCUAAGCAAUCACAACAUGUUUGGAGAGAAUGAGAGGUUGAAAGAGACAGAAGCUAGGCUGAAGGCAGCGAGUGAGAAGACUGAGUCUCUGACGAGUCAACUACAGGAAUCAGAGCAGAAUAUUCGGAACAUAAAGGCAGAAAUGGAGACUUUGAGAGAGUACAAGUACAUGGUUGAAGACCAGAUGGAGAAUCAGAUAUCGAUCAAUGAGGAACUCGAUACUCAGCUCUCAGUUGCCAAAGCCCAGCUGAAUGAGGUUAUGCAAAAGUACUCAUGCUUAGAAGUCGAGCUGGAGGAUAAGCAUGACUGUUGUGAAGAACUAGAAUCAACUUGCCUUGAUCUUCAACUCCAACUAGAAGGAGUAACGUGUAUCGAGACUACAAACAAUGGCAUGAAUGGAGAAGGAAAGCAAUCAUCCCAAAAUGAAUUGGAGAUAUCAGCAGCCUCAGUGAAGCUGGCCGAAUGCCAAGAAACCAUUCUCAGCCUUGGAAAGCAACUGAAGGCACUGGCUUCACCAAGUGAAGCAGCCUUGUUUGACAAGGUAUUCAAUGCUGGGAAUGCCGCUAACAUUGUCGCCACCACCACCAACAACAACAGGAACUUGUUCCGUCGGUUCUCAUUGCGUGACCAAAUGCUAGCUGAAGAUAAAUCUAAAGCGAUCAUUCUCUACUCGCCAAAGGAAGAAGAUGCACUGAUAGAAUCUCCGAACCAACAUAAUGAUUAUGGUGGUGGCAGAACUCCAGAAGGUGAUGGUGGUAAAACUGCAGAUACAAGUACAGCAAUGGCGAUUGUGCCAGGUAAAAAAAGUGCAGGGUUUGAAUUUCUGAGGAGGCUGCUGAUGAGAAGGAAGAAAGGAGUGAGCAAGAAGUCCCAGCCCAUGGUGAAAGCAUGAGAUUUUGUUGAUACGAGCAAGUCAGGAAGAAGCAGCAGCAGCCUUUUCAGCCGCAGUCUUCAUCUCCAUCAAAGAAUCUUCGAAGCACUUAGCCAGAAAUUCCGGGUCCGGAAUAACAUCUUUGGCCACCAAAAUCUGCAUGUCAGCUCUCCCUGCAUAGCUCACCAUGUGCAUUGUCAAAGCCUGUCAAAAAGAACAGAAAUGAAUCAACUAAGUUGCAUGUUAAAUUUAUCAAACACCUUAAUAACUAACAUCUAAUCUAAUAUGAUCUUACAUGGGGAAUGCUUGAAGUAUUGACUCUUAGGAAGGUGACAGGAUUCCCAGCAAUGGUGAUUUCCUCCUUGGGUCCAAGAACAUUGGAGAUCGUAAACGAGGUGUUGCAGAUUAUAUCGUAGUUACACUUGCAUGCAAACUGUGUAUAGAUUGAAGAACAAGGUUUACUCAUUCAUGUCAAGCAAUCAACAUUGUGUUGUGUUCUGUAUAUAUAAGAAGUAACAACGUCGAAUACGUCUGGGGGCCGAACCUUAGGACCUAAUGUGGACAUGACAAUGUUGCAGAGCUUGUAAGAGAAGUGAGCUUCCAAAGACUUCUUCUUCCUGUCAAUCAUCUUCUUGGCUCUCUUCACGAAAUCCAGCGGAUUCGAGCUCGACCCUUCUUCGCUAUGGUGGCUGUGGUAAAAUACUGUUUUUUCAGAUCACCAUGUUAAGUGAUUAAUAAUGAGGCAAGGAGCAUGAUGGACUCGGAAAUUUGACAAAGAGUUUGGUUACCUGUAAUCCAGAUUGUGGUCUAAGGUUAACCAUGGCCAUCCCUGUUAUUUGUUGGCCUUCCUUCAGAGCAUUUGGAGUUCGAUGGUCCAAGUAUCUUGAUAGCCCGGAUGCUAUCACGCCGAACAAAGCGUCGUUUAUAGUCUGCAUUCGCCACCGCUGACUUCACCGUCUUCAUGUCCUCGAUCAAGAACUUCGCCGUCGCCAACUUCCUCGGCCACAGCUCCGUCCCGGCGCCGCCGCUGAUCCCGGUCCUCCGAUCGCCGACGCAGAGCACCCUCAGCGUGAACUCCAAGCAGUACACCAGACUGUAAACCACCAUCAUCACCAACUCCGCCGCCGCCGCAGCCCACGACCGCCGCCGCCGGCGGCGGCCAGCUUCCGACGCCGGGAGACUGGGGAUCGCGUCCGGAUUCCCCGACUUCCGGCAGUCGGCGAGCAGCAUCGACAUCAGCGAGAUGCCGUCGCCGAGCGCGUGGUGGAUCCGGAGCACGGCGCACCGCUCCUCCGUCAGCAGGUGGAUUUCCCACAGCGGCUUGUCGGAUCUCAGCGGCUCGCCCGCCGAUAAAUCGGCGAUGUAGUCGUUCACCUUCCUCUCCGGACACCCGCCGCCGCCGUCGUCGGCAUCUCCCGCCGCCGCGUCGACGGCGAAGACGUGGCGGUCGAUUUCGACCUUCGUUCUCCGCCACCGCUCGCGGCCGUGCUCGUCCCGCACGAGGAUGCUGGAGAACCGCGGGUGCUUCAAUAGGAGCGAGUUUUUGAUGAUUUCCUUGAUGGCGUCGACGUCGAGGGGGUUUCGUACCCCGAUAGCGCAGUGGAUUACGGUGUCGAGCUCCGGCUGGAGGAACAUCCGGCCGGCGGGAGUCAGGGGCUCGUCGGCAUCCGUCGCCGGCGGCGAGGGGAUCGAUACCGGAGGGAGAGGUUUUCUGGCGGUUUUGCGAUUCAUUUUCUCUGGGGUUUUUUUUUUGUUGGGCAGAGGGGAAAAUGAACCGAUCGAGCUCUCUUUCUCUGAAAUUGAAUGAUUAUAUGUAAUAUAUAUAUAUGGCUGUAGAAAUCGCUUAUCCCCAGAGAAAUUAUAAAAAUUUCUUCUGGGAAACUUUUUUUUUGUUUUUUUUGACAGUGAUCUUCUGGGAAACUUGAGGGGAAGAAAUGAACAAGAAAGGGGAAAAAGGGAAAGUGAAUUAUUCU